AUGCCUUGUUCAUUUCGAGACUUCGUUCCUCCGCCCGGGCAGCACCCGAGGUUGGGCGACAUCAAUUUCAACGACUUCGAUCCGGAUUCCUGGGCACAGUGGGGUAUGAAUCAGUCUUUCGUCAAGGAACUGUGGGAAGGCUGGCAAAGACUAUACCAGGAGCCAUUCCGCGGAGUGACCACCGACGGAGAGGUGAAACUGAACCUCUUCCAUCUACGACGUGACGAUGCACCCAUCGAAGCGAUGCAAGAAGCGGCGCAAGCACUGAUCUCGUCUUCACUCUCUGUCCGUGGAUAUCAGAAAGCUCUUGAUUGUAUGAGGAUCAAUGGUUUUCUCGGCGAUAUCAUCGGUACCUCUAAUCUCAUGAACGAGGGGAGUUACAACUUUAUCCUGUUUGGAGAGCCCUCUAUGACUGACUCCUGGGGCUGGUCUUUAUGGGGGUACCACCUAUCACUGUGUUGCUUUGCAUUGGAGGAUCAAAUAGUCAUUUCACCUCCAAAUCAAAUCGACGAAGGAGAACAUGCAGGAACGGAGGUGUUUGCACUCGAGAUGCAGCUAGCCGUGCAAUUGAUGCAGAGUCUCUCUGAUGAGAACAGACAGAAGGCGAUAGUCUAUGACCAAUUGGAACAUCCAGAUAUGCCCGAUGGAUUCCCACACCCUGCAGAUGGACGCACCUUGGCCGGUGCCUAUGAAGAUAAUCGAGUGAUUCCUUCCAGCGGCGUGAGGGUUUCUGAGUUUUCCGAGGCUUCUAAAGACAUAAUGAUGCAACUUAUUGAAGCGUUCAUUGAUUUCAUUUCAAAUGGGUCUUUGGAUGCUAGAAUGAACGAUAUCAAAGCUCAUCUGGAUGAUACUUGGCUCAUGUGGAUGGGCAAUUAUACAGACUAG